AUGCCACAUUUGGAUGCCAUUUACAUCUUCUGUGGUGAUGAAUCCAGACAUCAAGGAUGGACACAAAACUGGACAAAAAUUAAAGGUGUCCAUACAACUAUCAAAGAAAUCUAUCAAGCAUUGCAAUUGGUUGUUAAACAAUCCGACCAGGACACAAUUGCCGUAAGUUUUCUUACAGCAGAUGAAAUGGCUUCAACUGAGAAUUUAAAUCAGUUGGAGCUAACAUUUAUGUAUACCCAUAUAUUAAAGGAAAUUCUCCUUGAUGUCGAAUAUAGUCGCGAUGCAAUCCAAAACUUGACAACUUAUUGUCGCAACAUUUUUACUGACAAUUCAAUUGAAUUGCAGAUUAUUAAUGAAUUUGAACGCGAGUAUCGUCCAAAAAAGGCAAUAUGGUGGUAUACACGUGAGUGUUUUACCUACAAAAUGCUCAAUCAAGCACUACGAAUGUUGGAUGCCGAUAUGAUCAUUAACAUGGGCUUCUUUAUACGCCAUAUACAUCAACAUAUUGAACACCUGUACAAACAACAGGUCAGUAGUUAUGAAAGAAAACCUUUUGUAGUUUAUCGAGGGCAAGGGUUUAUGAAAUCAGACUUUGAAAAACUUCAAAAAGCAAAAGGUGGACUUAUAUCAUUUAACAAUUUUUUGUCCACCAGUAAAAAUGAAAAAGUCUCCCUCAGUUUUGCUCGAAAUGCUUCAACAAAACCAGAUAUGGUUGGCAUUCUGUUUAUAAUGUCCAUUGAUCCUUGUUUGCAAUCAACACCAUUUGCUUCCAUUAAAGAGGAAAGUUAUUUUAAGGAAGAAAAUGAAAUCCUCUUCUCAAUGCACACCGUCUUUCAAGUGGGUGCAAUUAUACAAAUGGACAGUAACAAUCAAGUUUAUCAAGUUGAAUUACAAUUGACGUCGGACGAUGAUCACCAACUUCGAACACUUACCGAUCGAAUACAAGAAGAAGUUGGUAGUACUACAGGUUGGAGAAGACUAGGUAAACUAUUGCUUACAAUUGAUGAAUUUGAUAAAGCUGAAGAAGUCUAUAACGUAUUACUCAAACAGACAUCUGACGAGGAUGAAAAAUCGCUUUAUUAUGGUUGCCUGGGACAUGUCAAACAUGAACAGGGUGAUUAUGAAAAGGCUAUUUGGUAUUACGAACAAGGACUUGACAUUAAACAAAAACUUCUCCCUUCAGAUCAUCUCUUAUUAGCUACAUCAUAUAAUAACAUCGGUAGUGUGCAUAAUAAUAAGGGAGACUAUGCGACAGCACUUUCAUUUUAUGAAAAAGCACUUGAAAUUAAGCAAAAAUCGCUUCCUUCAAAUCAUCCUUCAUUGGCUAUUUCAUACAAUAACAUCAGUGGUGUGUAUAACAAUAUGGGAGACUACUCGAAAGCACUUACAUUCUAUGAAAAAGAACUUGAAAUCUGUCAAGAAACUCUUUCUUCAUAUCACCCUUUAUUGGCUACUUUAUACAACAACAUUGGUGGUGUCUAUAAAGACAUGAGAGAAUAUUCGAAAGCACUUUCAUCUUACGAGAAAGCGCUAGAAAUUCGACACGAAUCUCUUCCUUCAGAUCAUCCUUCGUUGGCUAGUUCAUACAGCAACGUUGGUAAUGUGUAUGAUAUCAUGGGAGAGUAUUCGAAAGCACUUUCAUCUUACGAAAAAGCACUUGAAAUCCGACAGAUAUCUAUUCCUUCGAAUCAUCUUUUAAUGGCUACUUCAUACAAUAACAUUGGUAGUGUGCAUAACAAUAUGGGAGAUCACACGACAGCACUUUCGUUUUACGAAAAAGCACUUGAAAUCUGUCAAGAAGAUCUUCCUUCAUUGGCUACCACAUACAACCACAUCGGUUUCGUCUAUCAUAACAUGGGAGAGUAUUCGAAGGCAUUUUCAUUUUACGAAAAAGCACUUGAAAUUCGGCAAAAAGCACUUCCUUCAAAUCACCCUUCAUUGGCUAUCUCAUACAAUAACAUCGGCGGUGUAUAUAAAGAUAUGGGAGAGUAUUCGAAAGCACUUUCAUCUUACGAGAAAGCGCUAGAAAUCCGGCAAAAAUCUCUUCCGGCAAAUCAUCCUUCACUAGCCAGUUCAUACAAUAAUAUUGGUAAUUUGUAUGACAAUACGGGAGAGUAUUCAAAAGCACUUUCAUAUCAUGAAAAAGCACUUGAAAUCUGUCGGGAAACUCUUCCUUCAACUCAUCCUUUAUUAGCUACCUCAUAUAACAACAUCGGUUUGGUGUAUAAAGACAUGGGAGAGUACACGGAAGCACUUUCAUUUUUCAAAAAAGAUCUUGAAAUCUGUCAAAAAACUCUUCCUUCAAACCAUCCUUCAUUGGCUACUUCAUACAACAACAUUGGUUUGGUGUAUAAAGACAUGCGGGAGUACUCGGAAGCACUAUCAUUUUUCGAUAAAGCGCUUGAAAUCUGCCAAGAAACACUCCGAGCAAAUCACCCUUCGUUGGCUACUUCAUAUAACAACAUCGGCUUGGUGUAUAAAGACAUGGGAGAGUACUCGAAAGCACUUUCAUCUCACGAAAAAGCACUUGAAAUCCAACAAAAAACUCUUCCUUCAACUCAUCCUGAUUUGGUUACUUCAUAUAGCAACAUCGGUUUGGUGUAUAAUCAUAUGGGAGAGUAUUCGAAAGCACUUUCAUCUCACGAAAAAGCAGAUGAAAUUCGACAGAAAACUCUUCCUUCAAACCAUCCUGAUUUGGCUACUUCGUACAACAAUAUCGCUAAGGUGUAUUACAAUAUGAAAGACUAUUCGAAAGCAUUAUCAUAUUUAGACCGUGCCCUGGACAUCAGACAAUGUCUACUACCUCCAACUCAUCCUCAUAUUAAAGAUGUAGAAGAGUAUAUUGAAAUAGUAAAAAAUGAAAUUAUAAAUAAUAUUUGA